CCUGGGAGGGCGGAGUACUUGCCCCAGCAACCCAUGGCAACCCCACAACACAGGCCCUUCCCCUCCCACCGCCAGGCCACCUGGGCAAGGGCUGAGGAGUCAGCUGGGAGAGAGAUCGAAGGCCAAAGUUUGCAGAUGACUCAGCCUUUAGCCCUGUAAGCACCUAGAAAUCCAGGCAGCCCUGAACUAUUUGAUACACUUGUUCCAAAAACACAGCCGGCAGGUCCAUGGCUGGCAGGCCUCUGCCCCCCGGACGCCAGGAGGAGGAGACUGCCAAAGACCCCGGGCCGAAACUACCACCAAUGUGGCCCAGAGGCCGCCUGCCCAGCAUUGAUGAGGCCCGACCUGCAGGUCUGGGCCCGGCCUCUCGCCGUGGCUCCGUGCUGGGUCUGACUGCCUCCUUCUCCCGCCGCAACUCGCUGGCCGGUCCAGGCGUGGGCCCUGGGGGUCGGCGACCAUCCCUGGGCCCUGUGCCCCCUCUAGCCUCACGGGUCAGUUUCUCCAGGUUGCCCCUGGCGCCUGCCCUGCGGGCUGCGCCCUCAUACUGCACGGAGCCGGCGCCUGCGGAGCGCUGGGAGGCUGCGCGCGCACAGCGUGCCCUGGAGGCGGUGCUGGCCACCGGGCUGUGCGACAGGUGCUACUCGGGCACCGAGGCCGGUCGGCUGGCCCGUGAGCUCUGCGAGCAGGUGCGUGUACGUCUGCGCGAGCUCAGCCCGCCACGCUACAAGCUGGUGUGCAGCGUCGUGCUGGGGCCACGUGUGGGCCAGGGCGUGCACGUGGUCAGCCGCUCGCUCUGGGACGCGGCGAGGGACGGGCUGGCCUCGGCCACCUACACCAACGCCUCGCUCUUUGCGGUGGCCACAGUCCAUGGGCUCUACUAUGAGUGAGCAGGCCUCCAAUUCUGCAAAACAGUUUAUUAUCCCAGGAGGAGGCCCCCCUGCGGAUCACAUCCCAAUAAAUAAAUGUCUGACAAUAAA